AUGCUGAAAACGCGCUGCGGGACCUUUGGCUGCGCCGUGAUGCGCAUCAACCACUUGGUUCUGAUGAGUUCUGAUCCGUUUGUCUUGCAGGUGUCCAAACGGCUGAGCUCCUGGAACCGUCCAACCUUAGGAUUUGGUCCACUGGUCAAACUGUCUCCAAACCAGGUUCCUCUUCUGCCAGGAGAAACCGUCCAGAUCACAGUGAAGGAUGUCAUGUACAUCUGUCCCUUCAGCGGUCUGAUCACCGGCACUCUGACCGUCACCGACUACAAGCUCUACUUUACCGGAUCUGUAAAGGACUCCUCCUUCAUUCUGGAUGUGAACCUGGGAGCCAUCAGCCGCCUGGAGGCCAUCCCUGUUCCCAACCAGGAAGACGACACCAAGGGGAUUGAGCUGGUCUGUAAGGACAUGAGGAGCGCCCUGUUCACCUAUAAACCGGAGGAGAACCAGCCGGACAUGGUGGAGGUGUUGACCAAGCACGCCUUCCCUCUGUCCUACAGCCUGGCUUCAUUUGCCUUCAAGUAUAAGGAGCAGUUUCCUGUGGACGGCUGGAAGGUCUACGAGCCCAUAGCAGAGUACAACCGACAGGGGCUUCCAAACGAGAGCUGGAGCAUCAGCAGGAUGAACCUUCACUAUGAGCUGUGUGACACCUACCCCUCCAUCCUGGUGCUGCCCAAGAACCUGACGGAGGAGAGCAUCAGACAGGUGGCGGCGUUCAGAGCCAAGCGGCGCCUUCCGGUCCUGUCCUGGAUCCACCCAGAGUCUCAGGCAGCAAUCGUUCGCUGCAGCCAGCCGUUAGUAGGACCUGUGGACCGCCGCUGUAAGGAGGACGAACGCUUCCUCCAGAUCCUCAUCGAUGCUAACGCUCAGUCCCACAAGCUAACCAUCUUUGAUGCUCGGCAGAUCAGCGUGGCUCUUUCUAACAAGGCAAAAGAAGGAGGAUUUGAGAGUGAAAGUUUCUAUCCCAACAUGGAGCUCAUCUUCCUGGAGAUCCCUAACAUCCACGUGAUCCGGGAGUCUCUGCGGAAGGUCCGGCAUGUGAUCUAUCCCACCAUCGAUGAGGCCCGCUGGCUCUCUGCUGUGGACCAGACCCACUGGUUGGACCAUCUACGGCUGCUGUUAUCUGGAGCAGCAAAGAUAGCCGAUAAGGUGGAGUCUGGAAAAAGCUCGGUGGUGGUUCACUGCGGCGACGGCUGGGACCGGACCGCCCAGCUGACGGCGCUCUCCAUGCUGAUGCUGGACAGCUACUACCGCACUCUGAAGGGAUUCCAGGUUCUGCUGGAAAAGGAGUGGAUCAGCUUUGGACACAAGUUUGCAUCUCGCGUUGGACACGGUGAAGAGAGCCAUGCUGACUCGGAGCGGUCCCCUCUGUUCGUCCAGUUCAUGGACUGUGUUUGGGAGGUUCAAACCAAGACGGUGUCCCUGUGGUCCUACAUCAACAGCCAGCCCAGUGAUUUCACCAACCCCUUCUUUGUGAACUAUGAGAACCACGUCCUGCAGCCACUGAUCUCCUCCAGACACCUGGAGCUGUGGACCAGCUACUACGCCCGCUGGAACCCUCGCAUGAGGCCACAGGUUCCAGUUCAUCAAACUCUGAAGGACCUUCUGUUCCGCAGAGCAGAGCUGCAGAGGAGGGUGACGGAGCUGGACACCCACAUGUCCUCCUUUUACCCAUCAGCCUCGGCCGACCCUCAGAGCCCCGUCCAUCUUUACUCUUAGUGAGGUUGGGUAACGAUCGACGCCUACUUCCUGCGUGGGAAACAGGUUCCUGGAUCAAAGUGUUCGCAGCUUUUUUUCUUCCUGCAAUUUUUCCUCUUAUAAAUAACUCUGGCCAACUCUAGGGGGCAGUAUAGACCUCAUGCUGCAAGUCGGCCGUCGGCCAUGUUUUCCUGCAUACUGACCCAUGUUGCCCCCAUGUGGAGGGGUGGGGCUCUACAAGGAUGUAAUCUGACCCAUCAAGUAUAAAUCAGGCUUUCUUCAGAUUUCUGGUUGUUUGUUUUCGGCCUGAGAAAUAUUUAUAAUAUUAAAAACUAUUGAUGAUCUCAAACGUUUUGCUUCUUUUUAGUCACAUUUAACUGCAAACAGCAGCAGAACUCUUUGAUUUCUGCCUCUUUAUAUCAGGAGGAAAACCGCGUUCAGCGUAGAAACUCAGAUCUAGAAGCAGCACCUGAACCAGAGGAACAGGCUGCAGGAACAGCUGAUCUAUGAAUUCCUCUCAGCUGGAUGUCUGCAGCUCAUUGGCUCCCAUCCUUCAGCAGCUUCUAUCUGGGGUCUGUAGAUCUACUCUGCUAGAUCGGAGGCAGCGGCUGAUCAUCGCACCGACAGGUGAAUCCACCAUCAGGAUCAGGCAGGUGCUGCUGUAGAAACUAAACUAGUAAAGAAAUAUUUGUUUUGGAUCAAAUCUAAAAAUGUCAAACAAACAGAUAUCUAUAAUAAUCGGCAGGUAUGGGAAGCCGGAAGGGCCACAAAUUCGAAAAAUUAAAAGUGAUGAUAUUUCUAUGUGUAAAUUUCAAUGUUAGCUGUGAUACAUGCAUCAAAUUAAUAGAAAUAUCAUUUAUGCUAAAAACGAGUAACUAAAGAUUUCUUUAAGUUUUUGCUCAUUAAACAUGUUUUUACUUUAUGUUCAUUAUGAAUCUGUUUCUAACAAAAGACCAAUUUUUAA